AUGGGCAAGACGGUUACGACAGAAUUCGCAUGUGGCGACCCUGCGCCUACCGUCAGCCCGUGGAAUGCGGCGCACACGCCGGGUGGCUCAAGCAGCGGGUCUGCUGUGGGCGCGGCGGUGGGGAUGUUUCCGGCAGCACUUGGGUCGCAGACAGGCGGUUCAAUCGUGCGUCCCUCUUCGUACAACGGUAUUGUGGGGCUUAAGCCGACGUUCGGGCGGGUGAGCCGAUAUGGCGUGUACCCGGUGUCGGAGUCGCUGGACACGAUGGGGCCUAUGACGCGCAGCGUUGCGGACGCGGCAUUGAUGCUGAACGCCCUGGCCGGGCAUGACAUCAACGACCCUGACUCGUCGGAGCGCGCCACGGAGGACUAUCUGCAGGCGUCUCAAUCGCAGAGGAAGCCGCCGCGCAUUGGGCUGGUGCGCGCAGUUCUUCAUGGAGCAGUGCGAUGA